UUGUCUUCUCUCUCCAUCUGACGAAAUCCUCCUCUCCCUCCGUUAAAACACCCAGCGGGGCCGGCGCCGGCCGCCAUUUCAUUUCUCACGGCACUCGGUUAGAAUUUGCAACAGCUUUAAAGAGGAACUUGGGUGCUAAAGAAGAGGAGAUUAAGAUGCCUCUUUACGAUUGUAUGCUUUUGAUGAAACCCCAUGUGAAGAAGGAGGCCUUGUUGGACUUGGUUGCUAGAGUGGGCAAGCAUGUGUUCAGAAGAAAUGGGGUCGUCACUGACAUUAAGUCAUUUGGAGUUGUUCAACUGGGUUAUGGAAUUAAGAAACUUGAUGGAAGAUUUUAUCAGGGCCAACUUAUGCAGAUGACAAUGAUGGCUACUCCCAACAUGAACAAGGAGUUACAUUACUUGAACAAGGAAGAUCGUAUGUUGCGAUGGCUUUUGGUGAAACAUCGUGACACAAAAUAUGGGUUGGAAUUCCUUAGCGAAGACGAUGUGAAGGGUGAACUCAGCAAAUUUCCUCGAAUUGGUAUAAUGGGUGAUGAUGACACUGAUGAAGAAGACGAUGAUGAUGAUAAUGAUGAAGAAUACGAUGUGGAACAAGAAGAGAGCAAAGGAGAGUGAUUUUGCUCGUCUCUCUAAUGAUCAUGGCCCAAGUUUGAACUUGUUGAAGGACCUCUGCCACAAUUCUUGUAGUUUCUUUAGUUGUCCAUAUCAUCUGUGGUUCUCUUAUAUCAUAUUGGAAAUGCAUGCAUAAACCAAAGGUCCUUAGAAUGUCAUGUUUGGAAGAUGUUCUCCAAAUCUCGGGUUCGAGCCUCUAGAUGGGAAGUUUAUGAAAUAAAUUUUUUUCAUGUCUUUUGAAGUCAGUGUUGGAUCACGUGGUGUUUUUUUGAUGAGUAGUAGGGUCGAGCUUGAUACCAUGAAUAUUAAAGAAAAGUGUAAUCUUGCUUGCAGUGAUAUAGUAUUAAAUGAAGAAAAUAUGAGACUAUUUAGACGA